CUAGUGCGGAGCUCUCUUUGGCUGCGCAGAGCGGUACAGAGAAGGCAGUCAGAUAGGGGAAAGUGAGGCGUAGACCUGCCCAGUUCCGAAAACUCAGCCUCUUCUGGAUCGCAUUCAACAACAACUGAACAACCCAAAAGCUAUCCAAAAGUAAGACGUGAAGAGGAAGGAAGAUUUUUUUGGGGGGCGACUUGAUUUUACGCGCAUUUCUGCCAAGAAUUCUCUUACGUUUUUUUUGUUGCAAGCAUUAUCAAGAAAAAAAGCCUGAAAAGCACAAAGUUGAACGUGAGAAAUGUGAAGGCACCGGCUUGUGUUUCACCCAGGUUCCAGGAUCCCCCUUUAAAUCCAUGCAAUACAGUGCAAUGGUACGUGAACGUAGAUUAUUAUUGCAAUAACGUGUAAUUUUACAACUGUUACAACAUCGCCUUUUCCUACUGUUGACUUGCUCUUCACUGCAACCCGGUCUGGUUGAGCAGGAAUAGAAUUAUGUCAAUGACAACUGGACAAGACCCGUUAACAGAUAUGCAAAUGCUUUUCAUUGGUCGGAGGAGCGCCCAAAGAAAAUGUAUUGGCACACAUACUGCGUUAACCUCCCUUGCCCCCUUUGUUGGCAAUGAACUUCAUUCGUAAUGUAUGGAGCAAUUCUAUAGGAGAUUACAGAGGCAAGGCGUUAACAACAAUGUCUGGUUUUCUGCGAACGAAAAAGUGCACAUUUGUAGGGAUAAUUGUUCUAAUUUACACCAUAUUUAUGUCAUUGCUAUAUAGUCCAAUAAUGAGCCGUAACUUCCGUGAAAAGGAAAAGGUUAACAACACGAUGUUCCUCCGCGUGCAAUGAAAAACAGGUUACGGGCCGGGCCAUUGGCGAAGUAGUCGAGAAUACUUUUACACAAAAUCGCAUUUUACUCUCUCAGGAUUAAAAAUGAAACAUUAUUUACUAUUUGUUUGACACCAAAUUGUAGUUUAGGCCAGUACAUGUAUAUUACUGUGGAGUGAGUUGAAGCGAAGAGUCGUUGACAGGCUGCUCCUGUCCUCUGCGCUCUUCCAGUAGUUCCUAAAUGGUGGAUCUGUCCGGACCUCAUAGGUCGUAGCUAUGAGUUGUGGUGUUGGAAAAUGUUGUUGUGAUGUUGGAAAAUGUUGUUGUCUCGUUUAUGUGGUCGGUCAUGCGGAAAUUGUAAUGACCUCAGGUGUGUCAGAGUUUUGGAACCACUCCACUGUUUAUCCAAAUUACAUCAGAACCAUGCGCCACCGUGACAUACCACGGUUUGAACAGUUUCCUGUAACUGGCAUAGUUUAGAAAGGCCAUAUGCUAUAAAUUUGCCCACAUUUAAAGUGGCAAUAUACAGUUGCUACAUCCAUUUUUUUGGACGUAUACAUUAAUGAUAUGUACCCAUUGUUUCUUGAAGAAUAUACUUUAUAAAUGCCUCACGAGCUCAGUUCAACUGUCGUGCCUCAUCAGAACCCAGAACCCUAAAUAUGUUUUUACUCCAAUGUUUGUAAAUAAUGUCCAUGUAAACAAGCAUUAUAUAACCUCAAAACAUGGUUAAAACUAUCAUGUUGAUAUCAUGGAUGGCCAGUCCUUGUAUCCAUAGCUCAGUCUAGGAAUUUGAGAGUGGUUACAUUUCUUCAGGUCUUUCACUGAGCUUUUUGUAGAAACGGGUGGGGAGCCAGAGGUAUCAGGCAAUAAGAAUUAGGUUACUUGAAAUUCUAAACUGUUUUCAGUUUUAUUAAAGGUGUGCCAUCAAGGCAAAUCAAGUUACUUUUGUUGUAAUUUCAACAUGUAUUGUAAGUAGAGGGGGCCAUUGUAUAUACUGUGGAUUGAGUGAGAAAUGCAUUUUAGAAGUUUAUUAUACACUAUAUUGGGCAUUUCUAUUGGAUUUUCUGUUACAUAUGCCUGUAUACUGUAAAUGAAAAUGAUCGACCGGUUAAAGCUGCAUGUAAAACAAGAGUUCGAAUAAUGUCUCGAGUCCUUACUGUAUUUGUGAGGGGAAUUUUCCAUUGCGAUUCUUUUUGAACGGGGCGCUGGUCCAAAGUCUUCCGCUCAUAAAAUCAUAACUCAUACAGCAAGAGAGAGAGAGGGUGGGGGGUGUCGUUUUAUGCUGUGUUUUCUGAGGGAGACGAAAAGGUGGGCUAGUGGAAAUGGAAUGCGUUUGUUGGAGGAGGAGGAGUAUAGACUAUGACUGUGUAAUUAAGUGAGAGAAAACAUAUUGGGGACGGAUUUGUUAGUAUCGUGCAGACUGAGGGUGUACAGGUCGAUAUUAUAGGCAAUCAAGUUUGAACAAGAAGAGUGUGGAAUCUGAAAUUCAGCGCUUUCUAUACUUUUCACAAUACUUUCAUGAAUUAACUUCUCACAUUAUAAAGCGCACUGUUCCAGAAAAGCGGGUUUUCUUUUUAACUUCAUUCACCGGCUCGGAUUGAGAUAACCAUAUAGGGAUUCAAUGUGCUGCUUUGGAAAAUAAUAGCCUGUCUGCCAUAUCGUCUCCAUUAUCGUCUCCAUUUAAACGGAGAACAGAGGAUUGUUUGGACCUCCACAAUCUAACUGAUGUUAUUGUAUAACACCUUUGCGCGGAUAACUUCUCCACAAUCUUGCAUGGUGCUUUACGGGCAAGGAGGAAUGGCGCGAUAAAGUGGUAGCCUAUACCUGGCAUUCAGAAGAAUCAAUCGAAGUACCUAUUUUGUGUACACUGCUGGCUCAUGAUGUACUCUCCGAUUUGUCUUACUCAGGAUGAAUUUCAUCCCUUCAUCGAGGCACUUCUCCCUCAUGUCCGUGCCAUCGCCUACACGUGGUUCAACCUCCAGGCGAGGAAACGCAAGUAUUUCAAGAAGCAUGAGAAGCGGAUGUCCAAGGACGAGGAGCGUGCGGUCAAGGACGAACUGCUCAGCGAGAAGCCCGAGAUCAAGCAGAAGUGGGCCUCCAGGCUCCUCGCCAAGCUCCGCAAGGACAUCCGCCAGGAGUACCGUGAGGACUUUGUGCUCAGCGUGACGGGCAAGAAGCACCCGUGCUGCGUCCUCUCCAACCCUGAUCAGAAGGGCAAGAUCCGCCGGAUCGACUGUUUGCGGCAGGCCGACAAGGUGUGGCGCCUAGACCUGGUCAUGGUCAUCCUGUUCAAAGGCAUCCCGUUGGAAAGUACGGACGGAGAACGCCUCGUCAAGUCGCCGCAUUGCACCAACCCAGCACUUUGCGUCCAGCCGCAUCACAUUACAGUGUCGGUCAAGGAGCUCGACUUGUUUCUAGCAUACUAUGUCCAGGACCAAGACGCACAGCAGUCAGGAAGUCCCAGUAACAAUGAGCCAGGCAACAACCCUCCAGUUUACUUGGAAGACAGCUUCAUCAAAUCAGGAGUCUUCAGUGUUUCGGAGCUGGUGCGGGUGUCCAGAACGCCCAUCACCCAGGGGGCAGGGGUGAACUUCUCCAUGGCCGACAUGCCUAGUCAGCCGUACUACCAUGACCUAAACUCCAGUGUGGGCCUCCAUCGCUCCCUCUCCUCCCCGCCUGGCAGUAAACGGCCCAAGACCCUCAACAUAGAGGAGAGUAUGGAGACCAGUCCCACUGGCCCUGACUUCUAUUCCUCACCUAGCUCCCCAGCUAGUGGCAGCAGGACCUGGCACGAGAGAGAAGACCUGUCAUCUCCCACCAUGAAGAAGCCCGAGAAGCCUCUCUUCAGCCCCACCUCCCCGCAGGAUUCCUCACCCAGACUGAGCACUUUCCCCCAGCACCACCACCCCGGACUCACAGGCAUCGGACACAGUGUUAUAUCAACGAGGAGCCCUCCCCCCCAUUCCCCCCUGCAGUUCUCUGCCUCUGCCAUCCUCCCCCCCGCCCCGUCACCCUACUUCUCCCACCCCACCAUCCGCUACCCACCCCAUCUCAACCCCCCUGACUCCCUGAAGAGCUACGUGUCCAGCUACGACCCGUCCAGCCCACAGACCAGCCAGCCGAACAGCAGUAGCCAGGUGGGGAAGGUUCAGGGCCACUUCACCCCGGUCCUUGCCCCCUCUCCACACCACGGCACAGUGCGACCUGUCUCCCUCUCCAUGCCCGACACCAAGCCCAUCACAUCAGAAGGUGAGUACAAUGGCUACUCAGCCCCGGGCACCCCCACAGCCAAUCGUUUUGUAGGACUGAGCUCUAGAGAUCCAGCCUUCCUUCACCAACAACAGCUGAGGAUAUGUGACUGGACCAUGAAUCAAAACGGCAGGCAUUAUGGCCCCAGUGGCACUGAGGAUACUUUGGGGAUUGCUUGGCAAAGUCCUGGUACCUGGGCGAGCUUAGUUCCAUUCCAAGUCACGAACGGGACUCCGAUUCUGCCGACAAAUGUCCACCAGAACUACAGCAUAAACAUCAUUGGUGAACCCCCCCUCCUCCACACAGAGGCAGAGAACUGAAGACCGCUCAAGGGGCAAGAAGUGUCGGCUACGGGGGAACUAACCAGCAAGCAGCACUUAAAACAAUGGUGCUUACCCCCUCUCUCCCUCCCCCCCUCCCUCCCUUCCUCCCUCCCACAAACCCCUCCUCCUUCGGGACAUUGGCCAAGAAGACUCGAGUAGGUUUGGAGCAAAACUGAUCCGGUCCACUCUAGCUAACCCUUCGCCAUGCCAGUCAGUCAUUGUGUGAAAAGAGCCUUUCUAUUCAAAAUACUGUGAUGUAUCCUGUACAAAAAAACUUAAGAUGCCUUAAUGUUUUGCAUGACAACUCUUAGUCUAAUAGUGGUGUUCUUCUUCAUUUUGAUGUUGGGAGUUUCUAACCUUGGUUACGAACAGGGGAAGUGGUGGUCUGAAACACACAAAGACUGGCUGGUAGUAGACGUACCCGACUGUAAGUUAUUCAACUUUGACCUUUACCCCUUCUAUAUCAAACUAUUCACUGUGUAACCAUAGGAACAAAUUGUGAAUUCAGAGUGUUUUUUCCCUUAGAUUUCAGUUUACUGUGAUAUAUAUUUUUUUUUACUCAUUAUCCUGUUGAUUCUGUACUGCUAUCUACUUAAAAGUUAGUUAUACUCUUAAGAGUACUCCUAACUCUUACUAUGGUAAAAAAAAAAAGAAGAAGACUAAACACUAUUUUUAGGUUAGAGAUUUGACCCCUUUUUUGAAAGAAUUCGUAUCUCCUCUAGGAAAAGUAUUUUUUUUUAAGAUUUAAAAAAAAAAAUCUUGAAAACUCGAAAGAGGCAAGUGCAAUUGAAUUUUUGAAGGGAAGCUAUCAGUCUGUCAGCCCGAAGACUCUAAAGGAAAGGGGAUAAAUGUAGUUUUUUUGGUUUAAAUACGUAAACGUGAAAUGUUUAAAAAAACAUUUGAGUUGAUUUCAGUCGCAUUUCUUUGUGUCUCGAUAUGGAAAGAAAAAAAAUACUAAGCCUGAAAUGCAGAGAUGUGUUUGAAGGUGCGCAUUAAGCUACCUAUGCACAACUGAAUAUGAACAAGCCAGCACUUCUAUUGAGCCCUACUCAGUCUCAUGGGGAGCUUUUUAUUUAUUGUGGAAAAAAUAACAAACAGCAAGUUAAAAAAAAUGAAACACACAUAGUGUAUAAAAUGCCAUUCGAAAUCAAUAACAUAUUCAUUUGGCCAUUAGCUUAUGAAGCUUGUGUUUACAAUAUGACUUGACGGAAAAAAAAAACGAAUGCAGGCUGUUAAAGUCAUUCACUAAAAAUGUAUGUGUACGUCUCAAAAUCUACACUUUUAUGUGCAACCUCGAACCUCGAACCUGCAAAGUUGCAGUGGGUUGCACAUUUUGCCACUUGAACACUAAAAAUCCCAGAUACAAUGGUGGCAUUCCCUGAAAUCUAGAAUUGUGCAAGGCAGGUUUAUUGACUUGACCUCUCUCCAAGUCCAGAUAUGACAAAUCUCUCCAAUACUCUUCAUUUGCACGAUGACAUAUAGUCCACAUUACGUGCCUUGCCUUUGAAUAUAAAGAUAUCACUACACUUGUUUUUUUGCGGCAUUUAUUACCAUUAUAGAAAAGAAACUAAACAAUUUAUGAUAAUACUUUUUUUUUGUACUCUGAACGAAAAUUGUGACAUUGUUGAUUUUUGACUUUGAUUUACUACUUUCUCUCACAGUUACGGUGCAUCUGGGAUAUCAAGUAUAGUUGCUGUUCUAAAGUCUAUAAUCACCAGCAUUAUUUUUCAGUGUUUUCGGUGGUUUUCGAAUAACCUUUCAUUUUUGUUUUAUUGUUUUGUUUUUCCGUUUUUCCAUCUUCCAGUUACUAUUGAGGAGAGAAGAAUUCAGAUGUAUGAAAAUUAUGCAAUACCAAGUUUUGCCUAUGUAGGUAGUGCUUAUAGAUACGCCAAUUAUUAGAGGCUAGUUUGGAGGUAGACAAUAUUGUAAUGCAUUUAUUUUGUUGAUAUCGUUGUUGUUGUUUUCCUUUUUUAAUUGACCAAAGUAGGGACUGCUUUCUAUGCAGUGAAUGACAAGGUCUUAUUGUCGUGUAUUGACAGAUGGAGAGACAUGUUUCAAUUUGUUUUUAUUUCUUGGGGGAGGGAGGGGGCCAUUUUUCUAAGCUUACUGUUCGCCUGUAAAGAAUGCACCCGUUGGUCUCGUAUGGCUGCGAAGUCACUGAUCUGUCUACUGUGACAAACUUGACUCUUUGCAUUCAACUUCCCACCUGGGGUGCUAGCAUGUGACAUUGACUAAGCUCAUUUUCACAGGAGAGACGGCUUGACUUGUGGGACCAUCACAAAAAAAUGUAAAAAUUCAGGAGAGGAACACGCUAACCUUAAUCAGACCCACAAUUGCAAACUGAAAUCAUACUGCUAUUGUAAGAAAAAAAAUAAUAGCAGGAAGCAUUAACCCUUAAACAUAACACGGUGCCAUUCUAUUAUCAGUCACUAUAUGCAAUUCUCAAGUAGAUGCCUUAAAAAUACAGUAUAUAUAAAGUGACCUGUUACACAUGUGGUACAAUCAACACACCGACAAAUCCAUGUGAAACCGGUCAAAUCAUUCUAAAGAAAGUAUUAAUCAACAUAUAUGCACUAUAUCUGUAUACACCCCGGGGAUAUCUCUACCCGUUCUCGCUAUAGGGAGCCUUGAUUUUAUCAUGUAAUAAGCUAUGGACUACAGAGGAAGGACCUCUGCUAUUUUCAUUGUACUGUGUAGUGCCCGGAGAAGAACAACAAUAGAGAACUUGCCUACAGUAGCACAUAGGUUAUCGUCUUCCCCAAGUGUGUUACGUCAAAUCUAUAACAAACAAAAAAAUAUAUUACAUAUGUGAACAAAAACAACAUCUCAGGCGUUACGGGGCAUUACAAAUUCUAAUCACAACUCUCCCACUUUGUAAUACAGAAAACGACUUUUAUAACUCAAAUAAACACUAUCCACAACGAUGUUACCUGUUGCACUCUAUCCCAGCAAUUGUGAACAUUCUUACCUGCUUAAUUCGAAGAAAGGUACUGUACUGUAUACGCAACACUCUUUGAGAGGCCAGAAAGUGUAUAAAACCUCCUAAACUCAAGUCAAGCUUAUUCUCUCCUCCUUCACCAAGAAACUUAUUCUGAAUUUGGGAAUGAAAAAAACUAAACAAAAACCACCCCAUUCUAUGUGCACUGUUCUGCUUUUUUUGUGUGAAAAAAAAA